UCGUCGCGCAGAGUGGUGGAUCGUUUCAGUUCAUUUUCCCGAUCGGCAGCUUCCUCUCAAGCUCACGCGGGGGUUAGCGGAUUUAAACACCGCGCACGUGCAUACACGUGCGGAUCGCGUGCGCGUGGCGGAAACACGGCGAUUCGCGCACGGUGUUAACGGAGUCCGCACGAAAGAACGAAACGGCAAAAGAGAGAGAGAGAGAGAAAAAAAAGAGAGAAAUAGAAAAGCCGAGCUAGUAUCGGCCGAAAAAAAGAAACAGGCAUCCCGUCCCGGAAAGCAUGCUGUGCCUGAUCACCGCUGCUCGCAAAUGCCGGGCGCAAAGUUGCAAAAAGAAGGGCAAGAAGGCGAAGGGUGCGAAGAAGGCCGAGAAGGUGGUGGAUGAGUUUCAACUCCGCAGGGAUCUGAGAGAACAGACGAGGAUGACCGACACCACGAAAGCAGCGCAGGACGAAAUCCUGGUAACCGCGCCGGGCGAGCCGAAAUCCGCCGAGGACAUCAAGAUCGGCGGCAUAGAAGGAGGCGGCACACAUUCCACGCUCAUAAUACUCGACGGGAAGGGUACGCGGCUAACGGAAGUCAAAGGACCAAACACUAAUCAUUGGGUGCUCGGAAUAGAUGAGACGGCCGCCAGACUGAGCGCGAUGAUCGAAAAAGGCAAAGAACAAUUGGAUAUACCGAAAUCCGUCCCCUUGGAUUGCGUAGGACUCUGUUUGAGCGGCUGCGAAGAGGAAAUCACGAACCGUCAGCUCGUACAGACUUUACUGGAAUCGUAUCCACACUCUGCCAGGGAUUACAUAGUCGACUCGGAUACUCUUGGUAGCCUCAGGACCGGCUUGGAGUCCGGCGGAAUCGUAUUGAUCGCCGGAACUGGCAGCAACGCUCUGCUGAUCAAUCCCGAUAAGAAGACUUAUGGUUGCGGUGGAUGGGGACACAUGAUGGGCGACGAGGGUGGAGCUUAUUGGAUCGCCCAUCGCACUUGUAAAUACGUAUUUGACGAUAUCGAUGACUUCAUCAAAGCGCCGAAGCCUAUAAGCUACGUUUGGCCAGCGAUGCGAAAUUAUUUUGAGGUGACGGAUAGAAAUGGCAUAUUGGCAUACCUCUAUGCAAAAUUCGACAAAAGCAUCAUCGCGAAUUUCACGAAGGAAGUGGCGGUUGGCUGCGAAAAAGAAGACCCGCUCUGCCUACUGAUUUUCGAAGAGGCCGGAAAACUUUUGGCGAAGCACAUCAUAGCUGUCUCGAAGAAGGCGCAUAAUGAUCUCAAGCUGGCUCCGGGUGGCUUGAAGGUAAUCUGCGUUGGAUCAGUAUGGAAAUCGUGGAAAUUCAUGCAGAAAGGAUUCAUAGACGAGAUCCACGACACACAUCUCAUCGAUGAGCUGAGUCUCCUCCAUUUGACGACGACGUCGGCGCUGGGGGCCUGCUAUCUGGCUGCAGAGAAAAUUAACUGCCCGUUCAUGAAGCCGUACGACGAAAACGUCGAGAUUUUCUUCCACUAUAAGCGCGAGCAACAACCAGAGACACAUACGACAGAGCCCGAUGUCGCGGAAUUAGGAAACAAUGCCGUCAUUUGCAACACGGUCGUCCACGAAAACGGACAAAAUACAUGAUAAAUGUUUGAAUAAAUAAACCGUGUUGUAAUGUAAAUUGUAUGUUGCGCGAACGCGAAGCACAGAGAUAGUACAUAUGAAUAUACGUAUGAACGACAUAUUACAUAAAUUCGCGAAAUCGAACUGCAAUUACUACAAAAAUUAAAUAAGUUUGUAAAAACGAGUAGAUUUGAUAUGUACAUAAAUUCAUGCACGAAAUCACGAUCAAUGUAAUAAAAUCUCGAAUAACGCAUGUUCGGACGUUUAAAUAUGUCAGUUUUGUGCUUCACGUUUCUGACCGCGUCGGAAUUGUCGAAAACGAUCGGUUUUGAAGCUCUUGUUGAAGUUUUUGUUUUCGCAUCAAUCAUUCCCGAUGAUCUGUUCAUAAUUUUCGCAAUGCGAUGUAUGUUGAUAUAAAAAAAAAAAAAACUUUUAUAUAUAUGUGUGAUAUUUGCUAUAUAUGAAAGAAUAAAAAACGUGCGAACCUCUUUACAUCACAA